CAUAAUUAUGAUCGCGACCUUUAGCAUAAUUUUAUCGCUUUUGCUUUUUAAAAAAAGAAAAAUUGCGAGUUUACGAAUCUAAAUCUUGGCGUUUUUGAAUUUUAUUUGAUUUUGCUGUUAUUUCUUUUGCGAGUGUUUAUCAUUCGCUGCGCUUAGAGGAAAAGUUCCAGAAUUGAAUAAUAUAUAAAAUGGCGGUGAGAUGGUAUAGGUUCAGGAAAUAUCAAAUUGUGAUCAUAUUUAUAUUGAUAUUGUGCAUCUUUUAUUAUAUAUCACUUCAAGAUAAUCUUCAUAGAGAGGAAAAUUUAGACAUAACUAGACGAAAGUCAGUGAUCGAAUACAUAGAAGAAAAAUUACAAGAGGCGUUAAAAGAAGACAAAGGUACAGGAUGUGAGAUACCAAAAUUGGAUCCCUUUGCCAAGGAAGUGACAAAGUUUGACAAGAUAUUGCCUAAAGUUGUAUGCCAGGGUAAAGAUUGGGUUAAAUGCUAUCAUUCAGAAUGCAGAGUAAUAAAGGAGAUUUUAGAUACAACGACGGAUAUAGUAUGUAUAUAUAACGAUAUUAUAUACAUAAAUGAUGCGGAAUAUAUAAUAGGCGAAGAUGUUAUAGUGAAGGGAAAUAACUCUUAUUUGCUUAUGAGAAGUGAUCAUGUUAAAGUGAAAUGUACCGGUAGCCAUAUAGACAGCAUAUUACCAUCGAAAUGGAAAGGCCAUAGUUUAGGUUUCCGUUCCUCUGUCCACCCCAAAACUCCCCCAAAGGGUAGAGAAAAUACUUUAAAUGUGUUAAUAUUAGGAUUCGACUCCACUUCCCAUAAUGGUUUUGUCCGACGGAUGCCGAAGAGUUAUAAGGUUUUAAAAGAUGAGUUCAAAGCGACUAUAUUGAAGGGUUAUAAUAUAGUAGGAGAUGGUACACCUGCAGCUUUGUUCCCAAUAUUAACUGGUAAAACGGAAUUAGAAUUACCCGAUGUUAGAAAGAAGAUGAACAACAAUGGUAGUUUGGAUAAUAUGCCUUUCAUAUUCUAUAAGUUAAAAGAAGAUGGGUAUCGUACCGCAUAUUUCGAAGAUAUGCCAUGGAUAGGUACAUUCCAGUAUCGUUUCAAAGGUUUCAAACAUCGACCAGCGGAUCAUUACUUGAGAGCGUUUUACCUCGAAGAAUCCAGCGGUGGUAAAAAAUGGUGGAAUGUAGGCUCUAAUAAUAAAUAUUGUGUAGGAGACACGCCGCAGUAUAAACUUAUGCUUAAUAUUACUGAUCAAUUCCUGAAGCUGGAUGGCAAGAAAUUCUGCUUCACUUUCAUAGCUGACAUCACACACGAUGACUUCAACAUGAUAUCUACAGCUGAUGAACAUCUGGUGGACUUCCUGCGAGGGUUCAGACAAGCUGGUCACAUGGAGAACACGCUGCUCAUGGUCAUGGGAGACCACGGGCCUAGGUAUGCCUACAUAAGAGAUACACUUCAAGGCAAAUUAGAAGAACGUUUGCCUUUAAUGGCUAUAGUACUGCCGGAGUCAUUGAAACGCGAGCGACCUUUCGUUGAAGAUGUAUUACGUGGUAAUGCAGAGGUUCUGUCCACCCCACAUGAUAUCUACGCGACUGUACUCGAUGUGCUCCACAUGAGGCAACACUGGAACACUUAUAAAGUGACUGGAGCAGAUCUAACUAGAGGAUUGACUUUGUUGGAACCGAUACCAAGGAAUAGGUCGUGCAGUGAGGCAGGCAUAGAGCCUCACUGGUGUGCUUGCCUCGCAUGGAGAAAUGUCUCUGAGGAAGAUCCUCUCUAUCAGAGAACUGCUGAGGCAUUAGUUAAUUAUAUUAACUCUCUCACAGAGGAAGUUAGGGACAAGUGCGCGGUCCGCACUCUGACUUCUAUAUCUUGGGUGAUGCGUCAACGCGGCAACAGUCGCAUGCUAUCAUUCGUUGCGGCAAAAGACGCUGACGGUUAUGUCGGUCAGUUUGGUGCGAAAGUCCGUGUUCCGAGAGAGAACUAUCAAGUUAAAAUAAUUGUGGGUCCAAGUAGAGGUGUGUAUGAAGCUUCUAUGAUAUACGUAACUUCGGAGGAUAAAUUCGAGAUAAAUUCACGUGAUAUAUCUAGAACUAAUGCAUAUAAUAAUGAGCCGAGUUGUAUUAGCGCGACACAUCCACACCUCAAUAUGUACUGCUACUGCAAUGACUGACCUUGGAAUUACCUCAAGGUCACCUUCAAUACCGCCAAGGUCACCUACAACAGCCACAAUGUCAUUUUAGGCUCCAAGGUCACUUUUAACAGCACCAAGGUCAUUUUCAACGGUGUCAAGGUCAGCUUUAACGACUCCAAGGUCACAUUUGACAGUCCCAAGGUCACCUUCAAUGUCACGAGCCUGUCACGACAAGUUGGUGACAAGUUAUUGUCGUUACCAUAGAUUUAAGUAAACUUUAUAUGAAGAAAUAAUGCUUUAUUUAAUAUUAAUAAGGAUA